AUGGGCCGCUCUACUGCUAAAAGACGCUUACGCAUAUUGCGCUCAGAUGUGGACCAAAUUCACGACGACAUGGAUGUGGACGAGGAGGAUCCCCAACAGGACGAGGAUCUGGAGGUCAGCCUGGAUGAGGCGGCCGACGACAGGGAUGUGGAGAUAGAGGAAGAAGAGCUACCGGAUGAUACCUCUCAGCUUGACGCUUCGCCAGCUCCGGAGGAGCAGGAGAUGAAGCCUGUGCAGCAGCCGCGGCUGAAAAUCAAGUUGAAGCUCCCGGCACAUGGCGGCUCUACCGCCGCGCAGACGGAAAGGUCCACCCCAGAUGAGACUGGGGCAUCUUCCAGUCGUCGGGGAACGUCGCGAGACUAUGACGUCGAGUCCGAAGACGAAGACGAGCCCGAGGAUGACGAUGACGACGACGCGGAUGGGGCUCAAUCUACGCGCUCUACUUCCGUGGCUACCACGGGCACCGCUGGCAAGGCAUUGACCGCACGACAGGCAGUCCUCGCCAAUGUCGUUGACUCUUCCCAUGUCUCCUUAGGUUUGGCCGUUCUCUUUGACAGCGGAGAACAGCCGAAUUCUCGCAGGAAAAAGCCGCUGACGCAGGACGAGAUCGCCCUUAAGCGAGAAGAGACGGCGCGCAAGCGGAAGAAUUUGUCUGAGAAGAAACUCGAGGAUGAGAAGACCGAAACAAUAAAUCGACUGCUGAAGAAGCAGUCCCGUGCAAAGGGUAGGCGAAAUGCGCUUUCCACAGCGGAAGAUCGGCCUAGCCACGCUGCUUCGACCGCCAAUGGUGCCGACGUGGAGGGUGAAGAUGGGCAGGCCGUUGUGGUAUCCGUGAUACCUACAACGUACAGGUGGAAAUCUACCUCUCGAAGCGCGGACGAUGAUCAGAACGGUGGAGAGAAGAAAAUGGCGCUUUCAUUUUCGGUCCCUGUAGGGGUCCUGCAAUCGCUUGAAGCACAGAACGCAGCCGCUGUGCAUAUGGCGGCCGAUCAAAGACACCUACGUCCACAGCCGCAAUGUGACGUGCUAGGGUGCACGGCGCGACGAAAGUACCGAUUAGUCAAAGAUUGGGAAAGGGGUGCUUGUGACAUGAGCCACCUAAAGUUGCUCGAAGCUCAAUCUGCUUGA